AUGUCGAUGCUCAAGAAUUACUUCGGACUUGGGGAAACAGAGACACGUCCCACCCCUACCGACGCCAAUUUCCCAGUUCACCCUCUCCCUACCUCAUGGUAUUCUUCGCAGGAUAUUCAUGAAUUUGAGCGACGCGCCAUCUUCUGUCGGAAAUGGCUUCUGACCACACACAAGCUCCGUUUCCCCAAAACAGGCGACUGGCUCCGAUACGAAAUCGCCGGGUACGCUUUUAUUUUAGUGAAAGAUCGCGAGGGAAAUAUCAAUGCUUUCCACAAUGUCUGUCGACACCGUGCGUUCCCAGUGGUUACCGAAGAGGGUGGCACCUCCAGGAUUUUCUCUUGUCAAUAUCACGGAUGGUCCUAUGGCCUUAACGGCAAACUUGCCAAAGCACCCGGGUACCAAGAGGUGGAAGGUUUCGACAAGAGCAAAAACGGCCUUCUUCCGAUCCACGUUCAUAUUGAUGUCAACGGUUUUGUCUGGCUCAAUCUAGAUGCCGGCGACAAGCCCGAGAUCUCGUGGGAAGAUGACUUCAAAGGAAUCGACCUACAGCCACGUUUCAAGGAUUUUAACUUCGAGGACUAUAACUUCGAUCACACCUGGGAAAUAAGUGGAGAGUACAACUGGAAGAUUAUGGCAGACCACUAUAACGAAUGGUACACUCCCUCGAUUUCCACUCUCGGCUCAUACGCCGUGGAUACCAAAGACGGCAAAUCCACACCCGAGGAGAUUGCCAAUGAGCUGAAGACUGCCACCAGUUACUAUUUCCCCAAUGCUGCUAUGACCGUCUUGCCGCACUACUUCUUCAUGCAGCGACUCGUGCCUACGGGCCCCACCACAUGCUCAGUGCGCUAUGAGGUCUACCGUAACAAGAACUCUAGCGAUGAAGAGUUUGAAAUCAUCAACGAAACGUACAAGGGUAUUAUUUCCGAAAACAAAGAUCUCUGUGUCGAGACACAAAAGACUCUAAACACAGGGGUCUCUGCACAUGGCCAACUCCACCCCACGGAAGAGGGGUCGGUCUACUUCCAGACUGUGGUUCGUCACCUGAUCGCAGAGCACCAUAAGCGGGAAGAGGAUGCAGGGGAGCAGAUUUGGCCUGCACGACAAAGACUCCCCAGGGAAGAGGCAGUCAGCAAAGAGGAUAUGGACUUUUGCUCCAAGUUGACAAGUAAUGACACAUCGGCUUUGACUUCGGGGGGAUGUUGUGGAGGAGGAUGUGGAGGUGGACCUCCCACUGUGGCAGCAACGGCACCUGAGACUAUGGUGGUUUAA